UGACAGGAAAAGAAAAUAUGUUCUGUAGUUUCAAUGAAAGGAUAAUACAUUACUUUACAUUUACUUAACUUAAUUGUAAUGUAAGGCAUUGUCUAGAAGGAAUAUUAUUGAUUAAUUUGAAAAUAAUUUCUAUAGCUUUGGAUAAUAUAAUCGUGAAAAAAAUGAUUUAAUCUUAGUACUGGAUCUAUGUCUUUAAAAUAAAGACAGCAGUAGAAAUUUGGUGUUCAUUUUAAACGUCAUAACCCUCAUAUGCAUAGACCGAAUUACUUUCAUUUGAGGGUAGGUGUAACCUGGUUAUUCAUUGUGAUUUUUUAGAUGUCUAUUAUAAAUGAAAGUGAAAAGGACUUUACAUUCAAUAAUCCAUUCUUGACCAGUCAGCCAUCUACCACCUCGUGGUCAGACUAUUAGUGCACUAUUUUGGACAAAUCGCAUAAAGCACAAGAAUAAGACCAGACCAAGACACUGAUCCUGUAAUUUGUCCUCGGUUUCACUAUUCUACAUUUUGGAUCCAUUUAUGAGAAACAUACAGGUCUCAUUCUGUCAGGGCCAGAACCCCUAUCCAGCAGAGGGCGGUCUUAACAGAUGUAUGGCUCUACCGUAAAAAUGAGAGUAUCAGCGCAAACUUUAGCGUACGGCGGUCAUGAGAAAAGAGAGCUCUGUGGUAAAAAUAGCUAAAAGAAAGUGGACACACAACACAUCUACUGUGGUCAAAUUUAAAACCCUAACAACAAGGCACAGAAAAGUACCUUUUCUUCGUAAAUUUGGUCGCAUUUAUUGUAUGAACUGCGGUAUCUUAAUGCAUAUCCUUGUAUAGAAAUAUAAAAAAACACAGCAGACUGCAGCUUGUCUUUUAAUGAAAGCCCACUCUAUGUAAGUGUAUUUCUAUGUGCGCCGACCCGAACCUCCCAUCGGGGUCAAACAGGCUUUUCGGGAAGCAGUAGAGAGAGUCGACAUUGUUGUUGUUGUUGUCGUCGCUUGUGCUGUAUCCUUUCCCUGUCUCGGAGUGUUUUCUCGGUGUAGGUUGAAGUCUCUUCACCGGCGGAUGAAUGGCAAUGACGGCAGUGAGAGCGGUGGCAGCGGGGGGCCCGGCGUCUUUGUCCCGGUUUAGGGGAGCGCUGGUCGCGGCUGUGCUGGGAGAUUGUGUCGGCGGAGAGUUUGAAGGAGCGGAGGAGGUUCCCAUGGAGAGUGUGCUGCAGCAUCUGAGCAGCCUGUACGACGAGACCAAAGGGAAUGGUAUCCUUGAGUACAGCGAUGACACGGCAAUGGCACGUUGUGUGGUCCAGUCUCUACUCACCCGUGCCGGCUUUGAUGAGCAAGACAUGGGUCGCAGGUUUGCUAAGGAGUACAGUGCGUCCCCAGGUCGUGGUUAUGGUUCUGGAGUGAUCCAGGUGUUGAAGAAGCUGUCCUCCCCUCAGCUCAGUGAUGUGUACCAGCCGGCCAGGGACCAGUUUAAUGGUCGAGGCUCCUUCGGGAAUGGGGGAGCCAUGAGGGCGGCCCCCUUCGCACUGGCUUUCCCCGAUCCAGUUGAUGUUAAAAGGUUCGCCCACCUGGGUGCCAUGCUGACCCACUCCUGUUCUCUGGGUUACAAUGGGGCAGUGCUGCAGGCGUUAGCUGUGCAUCUCUCCCUGCAGGGGGCACUAGACCUGCCCCAGCAGUUCAUCAGCAGGCUAAUUACAGAGAUGGAGGAAGUGGAGGGCAACGAAGCUACACGCAAUGAUGCCAGAAUCCUAAAAGAAGCAGAGAAGCCAUUCUGUGAGCGCCUCCACAGAGUUAGAGACCUGAUGGACAGGAGCAAGGUCAGCAUCGAGGAGGUCAUUUCUGAACUGGGUAACGGCAUUGCGGCACUCCACUCGGUCCCCACUGCCAUAUUCUGCGUCCUCCACUGCCUGCAGCCACGAGAAUGCCUUCCUGAGAACUAUGGCGGCGUGGAGAGGACUAUAGCGUACAGCCUGGCCCUGGGAGGGGACACAGACACCAUAGCCUGCAUGGCAGGGGCCAUCGCUGGGGCCCACUAUGGCAUCGAGGCUAUUCCUCAGUCAUGGAUAAAGUGCUGCGAGGGAGCCGAGGAUGCAGACAUGAACGCAGAGCGACUUCACAUGCUGUACCACCAGUCAUCACAGGGAGGCGGGGGUGGGACGGGAGAGCAGAGCGGCGAAGACGCAUCUGAAAGCCAGUCAAACGCUUCUAACGGCACAGAGAAGAAAACUGGAGCUGAGUGAUUCGUCAACUGGAGUUUGACAAAAGGACUCUUAAACACACAAAUGACAAACUAACACUUGGUAAUAACUUUUUUGGGACUGUGUUGGUUAACUGAGAACCUGUGAAUAAGGGCAGGAUAUCUCAACAUUGACACAUUAUAUUAUUGAUCACAACAGCUCAUUAUUUUCUGAGACCCUAAGCUUGCCAAAAAAUUAAAAAAAGCUACAUUUGUUAGGUUACAGAAUAGUGAAGCUGAUCAAGUAAGAAA